CGGCCGUGCCCAAGCCAACCGAGAGCCCUGGACCUGGAGGAAUCAGUCCACACCAGCCGCGGCGAGUCGGCGGCGGCAGCGAUGGAUUCGAGGCCACGCGAGACCGACGCCGCCCCCGCCGACCCAUCCGACGGCGGCGUGGUCCCGCGGGCGGUGAAGGGCGGUGCGGAGAUCUCCAGGCCCCGCAACGACAAGCGCGGGUACCGCCGCGUGGUGCUCCCCAACGACCUCGUGUGCCUCAUCGUCAGCGACCCCGACACCGACAAGGCGGCGGCGUCGAUGAACGUGUCGGUGGGCUACUUCUGCGAUCCUGAAGGGCUCGAGGGGCUCGCACACUUCCUUGAGCAUAUGCUUUUCUAUGCUAGUGAGAAAUAUCCUAUAGAAGACAGUUACUCAAAGUAUAUUACGGAGCAUGGUGGUUCAACCAAUGCCUUCACAACUUGUGAGCAUACAAACUUCUAUUUUGAUGUGAACAAUGAUUCCCUUGAUGAUGCUUUGGACAGAUUUGCGCAAUUUUUUAUAAAACCAUUGCUGUCAGCUGACGCAACUCUUAGGGAGAUAAAAGCUGUUGACUCUGAAAACCAGAAAAACUUAUUAUCAGAUCCUUGGCGAAUGAGUCAGCUUCAGAACCAUAUUUCCUUGGAGAGCCAUCCAUAUCACAAGUUUGGCACUGGAAAUUGGGACACUUUGGAGGUUAAGCCAAAGGAGAAAGGAUUGGACACAAGGCUUGAGCUUAUUAAAUUUUAUGAUUCACACUACUCAGCCAACUUAAUGCAGCUUGUUGUGUAUGGGAAAGAGAGUCUUGACAAUCUUCAAACUCUUGUUGAAAACAAGUUCUGUGGUGUCAGAAAUACCGGAAGGGGACGGUUUUCCUUUCCUGGUCAUCCAUGUUCAAGUGAACAUCUACAGGUCCUUGUUAAAGCAGUCCCCAUAAAACAAGGCCACACUUUGAGAAUACUAUGGCCAACCACCCCAAAUAUUCGGCAUUACAAGGAAGGUCCUUGCAAGUAUGUGAGUCAUCUAAUUGGCCAUGAAGGAGAGGGGUCUCUGUUUUAUGUACUAAAAAAGUUAGGAUGGGCUAUGAGUUUGGAAGCAGGGGAAGGUGAUUGGAGUUAUGAGUUUUCUUUCUUCGGUGUUACCAUAAAGCUUACGGAUGUAGGUCAUGAGCACAUGGAGGAUGUUGUUGGACUGUUGUUCAGAUAUAUAACAUUACUUCAGACCUCUGGGACUCCGAAGUGGAUUUUCGAUGAGCUUCAAGCUAUUUGUGAGACAGGAUUCCACUAUCGAGACAAGAGUCCUCCUAUCCAUUAUGUUGUCAAUUUAUCCUCAAACAUGCAGAUCUAUCCACCGGAAGAUUGGUUGGUUGCAUCGUCUGUGCCAUCGAAGUUUUCCCCAGAUGUUAUUCAGAGUGUAUUAAAUGAGUUGACUCCUGAUAAUGUUAGGAUAUUCUGGGAAUCCAAAAAAUUUGAAGGGCAGACAAACUUAACAGAGCCAUGGUAUGGUACAUCAUAUUCUGUGGAAGCAGUUCCUCCUUCCAUUAUACAGAAAUGGGUAGAGAAAGCUCCUAUGGAAGAUUUGCACAUGCCAAAACCUAAUAUGUUCAUUCCAAGUGAUCUUUCAUUGAAAAAUGCUGAGGAAAAGGUUACUUUUCCUUGUAUGUUGAGGAAAACACUGUUUUCCAGAGCAUGGUAUAAACCUGAUACAAUGUUCUUCACACCCAAGGCCUAUAUCAAGAUGGAUUUCCACUGUCCACUAUCCCAUAGCUCUCCUGAAUCAACAGUUCUUACUGAUGUAUUCACAAGGUUGCUAAUGGAUUAUUUAAAUGAUUAUGCUUAUGAUGCUCAAGUUGCUGGUCUUUAUUACGGUGUUAGGCCAAAUGACACUGGUUUUCAGAUAACCAUGGUUGGGUACAAUGACAAAAUGAGAACUCUUUUGGAGACUGUCAUUGGGAAAAUUGCUGUAUUUGAAGUCAAGGCUGACCGUUUUUCUGUGAUAAAGGAAACUAUGACAAAGGAGUAUGAGAAUUUCAAAUUUCGGCAACCAUAUCAGCAAGCUUUCUACUAUUGUUCAUUGAUAUUAGAGGAGCAAACUUGGGCAUGGGAUGAAGAACUUGCUGCAGUUUCUCAUAUUGAAGCUAGUGAUCUAGAGAAAUUUUUGCCCCAUCUGCUGGGGAAGACAUUUAUUGAGAGCUACUUUGCUGGGAACAUGUAUCCGGGUGAGGUAGAAGGUGUUAUGCAGCAUGUAGAAGACAUCUUAUUCAAUUCACCUAUCAAUUUGUGCAAAACAUUACCCUCAUCACAGCAUCUUACAAAGCGAAUUGUAAAGCUUGAAAGGGGUUUGAGGUAUUAUUAUCCAGCAUUAUGCCUAAAUCACCAGGAUGAAAAUUCUUGCCUUCUGCAUUAUAUUCAGAUUCAUCAGGAUGAUCUCAAGAAAAAUGUUCUACUUCAGUUGCUUGCUCUUGUUGCUAAGCAACCAGCUUUUCACCAAUUACGUUCAGUUGAGCAACUUGGCUACAUAACACUGCUUAGACAAAAAAAUGAUUCAGGUGUCCGUGGCUUGCAAUUUAUAAUCCAAUCAAAUGUGAAGGAUCCAGCCAGCUUGGAUGCCAGAGUUGAAGCUUUCCUUACGAUGUUUGAAGGAACUCUAUACCAAAUGCCUGAUACAGAAUUCAAGAGUAACGUGAAUGCUCUCAUUGACAUGAAGCUGGAGAAAUAUAAGAAUAUAAGAGAAGAAUCAGCUUUCUUUUGGGGGGAGAUUUCUGAAGGAACUUUGAAAUUUGAUAGAAAAGAAGCGGAGGUUGCUGCACUGAGGGAUCUCAAUAAAGAGGAGUUGAUUGAGUUCUUCGAUAAUCAUGUCAAAGUUAAUGCACCGCAAAAGAGGAUCCUCAGUAUACAGGUUUACGGAGGACUCCAUUCCUCCGAGUAUGAAAAGAUACUUCGCGAUGAGCCACAGCCGAAUUCCAAUCAAAUAACCGAUAUAUUCAGCUUCAAGAGAUCAAGACCUUUAUACGGUUCAUUCAAGGGAGGUGUUGGUCAGAUGAAGCUAUAGGUCAACCCUUUUUUUUAGUAUGUUCGCAAAUUCUGAAAGAACAAUCUUCACGUAUAGUUUCGAUCAUUAUUAACGAAACAUUUUGUGGACAGAUGUUGAUACUUCUGUAUUUGAACCGUUUCCUCCCGACACUAACUACAUACCUUUCACCAUC